AUGGCUUCUCUCGCUGCAGAAGAACUCAACGAAUUUCAUUCCAAGUACACGGUCAUCAAUGACCAAUUGAUCCGAGAGUGUAUCCAACUCAAACAAAUUGAACAAGAAGAUGGAGUGGAUCAAGAGAGUAAGACAACCCGAGCUAUGAAGAUCAAACGUGAAAAUAUGGAUUUCAACGAAAUUGAACACUUGAGCUUUUCAUUUAAAAAUAUAUUUCGGAUUUCAAAUCUUGAAGGGUUUGACAAGUUGAAAAAGCUGCAACUUGACAACAAUAAUGUUAGCCAAAUUGAAAAUCUCUCACAUCUUGUUUUACUUGAAUAUUUAGAUCUUUCAUUUAAUAAGAUCACAAAAAUUGAAGGGUUAAAAGGACUCCGUAAUUUAAAAUAUUUGAAGUUAUUUAGCAAUGAAAUCGAGAAAAUUGAGGGAAUGGAGGACUUGAUGGCACUAGAAAGCUUAUCGAUCGCAAAGAACAAGAUUAAGGAUAAAUCAAGUAUACAAUAUUUAAGAAUGUUUCCACGUCUUGGAAUGGUCACGCUCUACGAUAAUCCAGUUUGUGAAGAAAGAGAUUUCAGAAACAUGGUACUUGCGUUUUUACGAAGCUUGAAAUUCUUAGAUUACCGACAAAUUGAGGAGGAAGAGGUACAAACAGCUAAAGAGAGAUUCCAUAACGAGCUGUUGAAAGUGAGUGACAACGAAGAGCAGUUCGAAAAAAAUCAAGAACAAGACGAAAAGAAGUUGCUUGAGAUGCAAAUGCUAGAGAAAGCCAAUUUAACUGGAAUAGAUGACUUGUUUAACGAAAUGUUUGAAUGUGAAGCCGAUGAAACCAUCAAGAUUUUUCUCUAUUGUACUUCUGAUAUCAUUGAAAAAUAUAGAACUAAAUUCACAGACAGAAAGGACGCGUUUAAAAUGGAAAUGCUUACAAUCAUGAGAAAUAAGGAAAAUGAACUGGAGGAGCUCAACUCAACGCUUCAACAGAGCCAAUAUGAAACUAACAAUAUUUCAACAGCAAUGAUCAAGGAAUUUGAGAAACAAAAGAAAGAAAUUAUAAAUGCUGUAAAGGAGAUGACGGCAGAAAGCGAAGAAGAAGAUUUACAUCAACUUGACUUACUUGAGCGAGAGCUAGAAAUAUUAGCAGAGAAACUCAUUGAAAUAGAGGUGAACCAGUCAGAAGCAUUUUGGGAAGUCAUUAGCGAGUUCAUUCCCAACUACAAGGAAAUGGAUUGCACCAGCAAAAUCCAGAACUUUUUCAAAAAGCUGAAAAAGAUGGAAGAAAAAUACAGUAUCGAGUUGAAGGAUCGAUUAAUGGAUCAAGUGAAUAGCAUUUCUGAGGAACCCAACGAAAAAGUCAAGGAUAUUUUAGAGGACAAGGAUCAACUCUUCACCAUGGUUCAACGUUCAAAAGAAGCACACAAAGAAAUUAUUGGGCAAAAGGAGCUUAAAUUGAUUCAAAACGAAAAAGACAGAAUGUUGUACACUGUUGAAAAGACCAAGAGAGACGAACAUGAAAGAAACAGAGCUCGAAUUUCAGAAAUUUGGACCUUUGUGGAACGAGUUAAAGAAGAAAUUGAAGAAACCCGAAAAUUCAUCACCACUCCCGAGGAAUUUUAUGAGGAAUAA